GCAAGCAGAUGUGUGAGAUCUUCUAUUCUAAGAGUGGACAUACAAACCAGUUUUCAGAGCCCCGCAUUCGAGCCCCGUGGGACCCGGAGGCUGCCAACCAGAGCCAGCAUGCAGAACAGUCACAGCGGAGUGAAUCAGCUUGGUGGUGUCUUUGUCAACGGGCGGCCACUGCCAGACUCCACCAGGCAGAAGAUCGUAGAGCUAGCUCACAGCGGGGCCCGGCCGUGCGACAUUUCCCGAAUUCUGCAGACCCAUGCAGAUGCAAAAGUCCAAGUGCUGGACAAUGAAAACGUGUCCAACGGAUGUGUGAGUAAAAUUCUGGGCAGGUAUUACGAGACUGGCUCCAUCAGACCCAGGGCAAUCGGAGGUAGUAAACCAAGAGUAGCCACUCCAGAAGUUGUGAGCAAAAUAGCCCAGUAUAAACGGGAGUGCCCAUCCAUCUUUGCUUGGGAAAUCCGAGACAGAUUAUUAUCCGAGGGGGUCUGUACCAACGAUAACAUACCCAGUGUGUCAUCAAUAAACAGAGUUCUUCGCAACCUGGCUAGCGAAAAGCAACAGAUGGGCGCAGACGGCAUGUAUGAUAAACUAAGGAUGUUGAACGGGCAGACCGGAAGCUGGGGCACCCGCCCUGGUUGGUAUCCCGGGACUUCAGUACCAGGGCAACCUACACAAGAUGGCUGCCAGCAACAGGAAGGAGGGGGAGAGAACACCAACUCCAUCAGUUCGAAUGGGGAGGACUCGGAUGAGGCUCAAAUGCGACUCCAGCUGAAGCGGAAGCUGCAGAGAAAUAGAACAUCUUUCACCCAGGAACAGAUUGAGGCUCUGGAGAAAGAGUUUGAGAGGACCCAUUAUCCAGAUGUGUUCGCCCGGGAAAGACUAGCAGCCAAAAUAGACCUACCUGAAGCACGUAUACAGGUAUGGUUUUCUAAUCGAAGGGCCAAAUGGAGAAGAGAAGAGAAACUGCGGAACCAGAGAAGACAGGCCAGCAAUACCCCUAGCCACAUUCCUAUCAGCAGCAGUUUCAGCACCAGUGUCUACCAGCCGAUUCCACAGCCCACCACGCCUGUUUCCUCCUUCACAUCAGGCUCCAUGUUGGGCCGAACGGACACUGCCCUCACCAACACGUACAGCGCUCUGCCACCUAUGCCCAGCUUCACCAUGGCAAACAACCUGCCUAUGCAACCCCCAGUCCCCAGCCAGACCUCUUCAUACUCCUGCAUGCUACCCACCAGCCCUUCGGUAAAUGGACGGAGUUAUGACACCUACACCCCUCCGCACAUGCAAACACACAUGAACAGUCAGCCGAUGGGCACCUCGGGGACCACUUCAACAGGACUCAUUUCCCCUGGAGUGUCAGUUCCUGUUCAAGUUCCCGGAAGUGAACCUGACAUGUCUCAGUAUUGGCCCCGAUUACAGUAAAGAGAGAGGAAACCGUGUUCACUCAGUCAGUGACUAUGUGGACACAAUAGUUGGGUGUUCAGGAAGGAAAGAGAAAUGGCUGUUAGAAGCACUUCACUUUGCAACUGUGUCCUGUAUUGGAGCCCGGGAAUGGACUAGAAACAAGGACCUUUGCAUACAGAAGGCACGGUAUCAGUUGGAACAAAUCUUCAUUUUGGUAUCCAAACUUUUAUUAAUUUUGGUGUAUUAUUUGUAAAUGGGCAUUUGUAUGUUAUAACGAAGAAAAGAACAACACAGGCUGGUGGAUCUUGGAUCUGUGUUGGCUCAUGUGGUUGUUUAAAGGAAACCAUGAUUGACAAGAUUUGCCAUGGAUUUAAGAGUUUUAUCAAGAUAUAUCGAAUACUUCUACCCAUCUGUUCAUAGUUUAUGGACUGAUGUUCCAAGUUUGUAUCAUUCCUUUGCAUAUAAUUAAACCUGGAACAACACACACUAGAUAUAUGUAAGAAAUAUCCAUUGGUUUUCCAAAGGUUGUUAACAGAUGAAGUUUAUGUGCAAAAAGGGGUAAGAUAUAAAUUCAAGGAGAAGUUGAUAGCUAAAAGGUAGAGUGUGUCUUCGAUAUAAUCCAAUUUGUUUUAUGUCAAAAUGUAAGUAUUUGUCUUCCCUAGAAAUCCUCAGAAUGAUUUCUAUAAUAAAGUUAAUUUCAUUUAUAUUUGACAAGAAUACUCUAUAGAUGUUUUAUACACAUUUUCAUGCAAUCAUUUGUUUCUUUCUUGGCCAGCAAAAAGUUAAUUGUUCUUAGAUAUAGCUGUAUUACUGUUCACAGUCCAAUCAUUUUGUGCAUCUAGAAUUCAUUCCUAAUCAAUUAAAAGUGCUUGCAAGAGUUUUAAACCUAAGUGUUUUGAAGUUGUUCACAAAUACAUAUCAAAAUUAACCAUUGUUGAUUGUAAAAACCAUGCCAAAGCCUUUGUAUUUUCUUUAUUACACUAUUUUCUUUUUAACCUUAUA